GUCUGCAAGUAAUUAGACCAGAGUUCAUAGAGAGGAGUAUCACAACCAUAUUUAUUAUUAUGCAGUGAGCCAAGGUUCAAAGUUCGAUUACUACUCUGUAUAGGCCUACGUGUAUUUUCAAUGAAGAAUAUCCACAAGGCUCAUGAACGUUAUGGUUAAUAGGGUGAUUUCCCUUUACUCUGGAAAAUGUUUGCGUUGGUUUUUGCUCUGCUCUGAGCCCUGCCUGUGUAUGGUUUAGAGCUUAUUUUCUUUCAAAAUACAAGACAAAUUUAUUCAUUCUUCUUUCAAACUAACAGUGCUGUUAGAUAAAAAGUUGUGAAAAAAUAUAGCAGAGACAAAGAGAAGACUCAUCUUUCAGGUGAGGCCCCUUGGUGUCUGUGGUGUAGCAGUAAGUCUCUUUGGUAUUGCACGCUGCAGACAUGAGAGUUUGAUUCCCGAGUGGGGAAGUUUUGGUUGUUGUUUUUUGUAAUCCAGUACUUUCGUCUGUCUGCUGAGAUGCUGUAUUUACGGGUUGGCAGUUGGCUCUGACAGGCAGGGUCAGAGUUAGAACCUAGCGUGCUCUAGACACCCAUUUUGUAAUUUAACUAAACAAGAUUACUGUACAGCAGUCAGAAAGAAAAAUAUGGUCACCGAAAUGGCGUGGUUGUGGGGAGCAAAAUGGCUUGGCAAGGAAAGAGUUACAAUGGCGAUAUCUGCCUUUUGUAUUCUUCUAGAUUUGGUUCGAAUAUUCGUUUUCAGUAUAGGCUGGUAUGUAACUUGUGUGUGCUUUUUUGUUAACGCAACAUCACUCGAAACCAAGCCCAUUCCGUAAAUGUUGUGAGGGGCUGGUUGAAGAUUAAUUAAUACACGACAUAUUGCACUAGUAUUACUUUCAGAUCAGAUUGCUUCUGGUACUACUAACUACUAAGUCCUCAUAAUAUAGAUGUAUUGUGUCAACAACAGUAUGCAUCAACAUGCUCAGGAAUGUAUAUAAAAAUUAAAUUAUAUUAAUUUCUAUUUGAAUGUCUGUCCCCGUCCACUCUGCGUGUGUGCAGAAGGACAUACUGUUACCUCGAUCAGUAUCAUUCUUCUCAGUAUUGCGGACGACCCUGAUUUGGACCUCCACUGAGAUGUUCUUGAUCUUGAGUUACUUGAAUACUUACUUGAAUACUUACUUGAAUGCUUGAAUGUAGAACUGGGGUGUUCGGAAGGCGGGGUGCUCCAUACUUUCUCGCCCCUCUUCAUAAGGGUCCAUUUCAGUGUGGGCAGGCUGAUUGUCUCCAUCAUCAGCUGGUUGUUGUUGUAGCGUCUGAUUGGGUUACACAGGCUGCUCCUCCUACCCUCACAAGGCUGUACUCCUUUCUCAACCACAAUCUCCAUCGUGGACGAUUCCUCUUCACGGCUGCUGGCUAGGUGAUCUCGGACAAGGGUUAUCACAGCUGAAGUCACUGAAGUUUAAUUUUCAGUUAUUCAUUAGUUUCGUUUAGAUAUAAUCUUGGGAAAGUCCGUCUUCUAAGACGCCAUGGUGAACAAGUAAGGAUUCCGUUCACAAGCAGUACGCACUGGUUUCAAAAUGACUUGACAAUCUCUUCUUUUGAGUCUGUUCAUCGAACAGGUACCCAGCUAGUCAUAAUAUAUGUAAGGCUUCGAGAUGUGUCCGGACUUCGUAGCGUGUCCAUUUCCGGGAUGCUCUCCGUAGCGUGUCCUUUUCCUUUUUAUUGCAGUAUUCCAAACUGACACCAUACUGCCGCGAGUUGGGUGGGAUGAGACCGCUAUGACUGUUUCCCUUCUCCGUCGUCCCAGUGGUCAAGGUUACAGGACAGAGAGAAUAGGGACUGGUCUGAAAUCAGCGGUGUCUCCGACUUUUAGUUUGUACCUUGGUACGUGCUGACGGUGCACGUUAAAUGUCCCCAAAGGAUAGAUCUAGUCUCUGGAAAAAGAAAGAUGCUCUGUAAAUAGCUUUGCAGUACUCUCUUGCAACAGGGGGGACACUCAGUCCCUGUUUGCCGCACUUACUUGGUUGGAGAAUAGGCAUCAUUGCAGGCGGCACAAUGCUAUAGCUGCUCCUCCCUCCUCUCUGGGAUCAAUAAAAGGGUCUGCUUGCUGAUCGCGCCAGUUAUCAGCUGCUUGCCGUGCUGUGUUCAUGUCAUUAACAUUCCUUGACACCGCAGAAUCGUCAGUAUUGGACGAGUUCGUGCCCGUGUCUAAAUCUAAAGAAGCUGUUUGAUUCUUUAAAAAGUGACUUGAGCUAUAGCUCCAGUGUACAACUUGAGCACUGGAUUGAAAGAGAUAGCGCGGAAUGUGGAAAAAAUGGUGCACAGGAUACAUCUUAUUAUAAUGGAGUUAAGCCCGUAUGUGAGAAUAAAAAACAAAAACAAGAUGGCUGCCUGCAACAACACAACCAGUUCCGCCAAGUUCUGCGCCUGCGCUAUGCUAACCCUCUUCCUGAUCUCGUGUCUGAUUGGUGGACUGGAGGCGUCCAGCAAGGCGGAGUACUACAGCCUGAUCGACGACCUGUUCACGGGGUACAAGAAGGAGGUGCGGCCGUCCAACGACUAUAGCAGCGCCUCCACGGUCACCGUCAGGAUGUGGCUGCUUACUAUUGACGAUCUGGAGGAACAGGACCAGGUUUGUGGGGGUCUACUUGUCCAUUAUCUCUGA